AUGGCCGGCAGCGGCUACGAGGGGAUCCUCCUGGGGAUGGGGAACCCCCUCCUCGACAUCUCCGCUGUCGUCGACGAGGGCUUCCUCGCCAAGUAUGAUGUGAAGCCGGGCAAUGCCAUUCUUGCUGAGGACAAGCAUUUGCCAAUGUAUGAUGAAUUGGCUAGCAAGAGCAAUGUCGAAUACAUUGCUGGAGGAGCCACUCAAAACUCUAUCAGGGUUGCCCAAUGGAUGCUUCAAAUUCCUGGUGCAACAAGUUACAUAGGCUGCAUCAUGAAGGAUAAGUUUGGUGAGGAGAUGAAGAAAAAUGCACAAGCUGCUGGUAUUAAUGCCCACUAUUAUGAGGAUGAGAAUGCUCCAACAGGCACAUGUGCUGUCUGUGUUGUUGGUGGAGAAAGGUCACUUAUUGCAAACUUGUUUGAUGCAAACUGCUACAAGUCUGAACAUCUGAAGAAACCAGAGAAUUGGGCACUUGACUUUGGACACAAUGUUACUGGUAAUGCUCUGCUUGGAAUUGCUCUGGUUGAGUGGUACGUGGACUACAUCUUUGGAAAUGAAACUGAGGCGAGGACCUUUGCUAAAGUUCGUGGUUGGGAGACCGAGAAUGUUGAGGAGAUUGCUUUGAAGAUCUCUCAAUUACCGAAGGCCUCAGGAACACACAAGAGGAUUACUGUGAUCACUCAAGGUCGUGAUCCAGUAGUUGUGACUGAUGAUGGAAAGGUGAAGACUUUUCCUGUGAUCCUGUUGCCCAAGGAGAAGCUUGUUGACACCAAUGGUGCAGAGAAGAGCAUCGAUGAGUGUGUCAGAGCUGCCUGUUACGCCGCCAAUGUUAUCAUCCAACGUUCUGGCUGCACUUACCCUGAGAAGCCUGACUUCAACUAG